AGCAGAGCCCCGGUCCCUCCUCCGCGAUGUGGCUUCUCGUCCUUUCCUUCCUGCUGAUGUCUGCAGCCCAGGACAACAGCGGCAAGGUGAUGAAGGGCGAGGUGUGCGUGCCCCACUCCCAGCCUUGGCAAGUGGCCCUCUUCGAUCGCAGCCGCUUUAACUGCGGGGCUUCCCUCGUCUCCCCAGACUGGGUGCUGUCUGCAGCUCACUGCCAAACCCGCCACAUGAGAGUCCGCCUGGGCGAGCACAACCUGCGCAGGCACGACGGCACCGAGCAGCUGCGGGCUGUGAGCCGCAUCAUCCCGCACCCCGGCUACGUGGCGCGCACCCAUCGCGACGACCUCAUGCUGGUGCGUCUAGCCCGGCCGGCGCGCCUCUCCCCGCAAGUGCGCCCCGUGUCACUGCCCACGCGUUGCCCCCAAGCCGGCGAUCCCUGCGUGGUGUCCGGCUGGGGCCUGGUGUCCGCCUACGAGUCUGAGACCACGGGGAGCCCCAAGUCACCAGUGGAUCUCCCAGACACCUUGCACUGUGCCAACAUCAGCAUCAUCUCCGACUCGUCCUGUAGCAAGGACUACCCAGGGCACCUGAUGGGCACCAUGGUGUGUGCAGGGGUGGAAGGCGGAGGCACCGACUCCUGUGAGGGUGACUCCGGGGGACCCCUGGUCUGUGGCGGCACCCUGCAGGGCAUUGUCUCCUGGGGGGACGUCCCCUGCGACACCACCACCAAGCCUGGGGUCUACACCAAAGUGUGCAGAUACAUGGACUGGAUCCGGGACACCAUGAGGAGGAACUGA